AUGGUAGGGCUGGGCCUGAACGGACAGGCCAAAGGGAAAGCACGAGCAACGGCUAGGAAUCCUGCGGCCAUCCAAGACACUCCCCGACGGCAUUCCGCCCUGAGCACCCGAGGAUUGGAAGGGGGUGGGGGGUCUGAAGGGAUUGUCCUCCCAUUGCAAUACCUGGAAGACGGCCCGUACAAUAUAGCAUACACAUUGCCCGUCCUUGUUGGGGACCUCGAUAAAAAACCGAAAAACUUUUCAUUGCAAGUUGACACUGGUUCAUCUGACUUGUGGAUUGCGUCUACGGCCUGCAGCUCCUCUGCGUGCAGCUCAACUCCUCGUUAUGACCCUUCAAUAACCGGCACCCCUGCCCCCGCCGAUUUCAACAUCACCUACCUCGUGGGGAGUGUGUCUGGGCCCGUUUACUGGGACACAGUUACCGUCGGCGGUUAUAGCAUAUCCAACCAGGCACUUGCUGCUGCCAACAAGGUCGACUCUGAACCUCUCGAAUCAAGAUUUUCAGGGAUCCUUGGUCUGGCCUUACCUGGCAACUCCAUCAUCGCUGACCAUAUUCGUCCUCAAACCGGAGAUGCCCCAGACGGGGCUGUUUGGGCCUCCAAUCUGCUCUCAAUAACGCCGAACGGAGUAGCUCCGUCCUCUCCAUUCCUCUCCGUUGCCCUCGAACGACCCGGCAGCGACAAAGUCCCAAGUAUUUUGGGAAUUGGCCGACACCCUGCCGCACUGGUAUCUGAUCCGUCCAAGAUAUCCUAUGAAAUGCUCUAUGGGCCAACGACCAACGGCCCUUUAUUCUGGAAAUCCGGUGUCCACGGAAUCACCGUCUACACAAGCAAUUCCCGGACCCCAAUUACUCUGGGGCGAGGUGUGAGUGGAACCGUGUACCCUAGCGCCGUGCUCGACACCGGAAUGCCUGUAAUUCUCACGACUACAGCAAUAGCUGAUGCUAUUUAUGGCGCACUUUCAAUACAGCGGGCUCAGGAUGGAUUUUACUAUAUUCCUUGUACGACACCACUCAACAUGACAUUCACCCUCGAUUCUCGCGAAGAAAUCCCAUUACACCCCCUUGACCUCUCCGCCCUCCCACCGGUCAACUCCGCCAAUCCCUCGAGCUGUAUCGGCCUCAUCCAAACGAGCGCAGAUGCCACACUGCGCAAUCCUACAUCUGGCAUUGGCGACAUGGUGCUUGGUGUCCCGUUCAUGCGAAACGUUUACACGGUCAUGGCUUAUGACGUUCCUGCAACCAACGGCACCUUCCCGCCCUUUGCCAGUGCGAGCAACACAAGCAAUGCGGCUAGUUUAUCGCGUCCCAUCCGUCCUCGACUGGGACUAUUAAGCUUAACCGACCCGAUUGUUGCGAUAGACGAGUUCCAUCGUGUUCGGGUAUUAAACCAGCCUUUGGGUGGUCACGGAACCACGACCCCCUCAGGGGGUGGCAAAAAGGGCAUUCACAACGUCGGCAUUGCUGUUUUGGUUGGUCUGGGUAGUUUCGCGGGGUUGUGUGUGCUACUGUUCGCUUUGAGAUGGUUCAUUGUGAGGAGGCAUCUCAAGCGAAACGGCGGAGAAGGAUUGCGGGCGGCUGGGGAGUAUGAUUUGGGAGACAAAAAGAUGUCGGGGACAUAUCGUGAUGUUUCGAGAGAUGAUGACUCCCUUCCGGCCGAUGACGAUGUGCCGAAACAACAACGGUAUAUGCAGUCGUUGCGUACCGUAAGUACGGACCAGACCCAGAUCGAUGCGAUUCCAGAAGGAAAGGACCACCACGAUGUUGUGCAGACUCUGGCGCUGCAUCCACAACAGGAGGCCGAACCAGUCACACCUCUUCCUCUCUCACCACAAGACCAUGCUCCGCUUUUGAACCAGCGGGCAAUAGAGCGCAUACCGUCAUCCAGCUCUGGUGCUGCUGUUCCCUUCCUCCAAGACGAAGAUGGCCGCGUUUCUGAGCCUGAGCAACGCCCUUUGUCGAUGGCUGGCAUCGGCACCGCCAGACAUCGAGACAGCAUCACGUCUUUUGCGCGUGAAAGGUCGCUUUCUGGACUCACAGCAACAGACGAGCGCGAAAAUUAUUACUCCCAAGGCCGUAACCCAGAUCACCGUCCGGGACAUCCGCGGAGAACGAGUGCCGGAGGGGACUCGUUUGGUAGCGCUGGCCAAGCGUUAUGA